AUGUUUCUCUGCACUCGAUUUGAGGUUGCACGAACAACCGAAGCGUGCAAUUGCAAUCAAAUUUACUGCGAAAACUUCAUGAAGCUUUUUUCUUUAUGGCCUUAUAUUUUUUGUUAUGUGUCUUUUAGUUAUCAUAAGUCUUUUCUUUCAAUUAUUAGAAAUUGCAUGCAGGGUUGUAUCUUGAGAAGAUCACUAACAUCUGCAGUAAAGUUCGUCGCAAGACACUCCGUUACAGCUAACGUGGGAAAAAGGUCCUACCUCACAAUCUCUAAAGCCAGAAACCCAUAUUUGACCCCAAGAAACAUUCAACGCAGAAUGGAGCCAGUUGGGAUGAACACAACGAUUCCGGGGCACGAGAGAGAUGCUACCUUACCUAGUAAACCCAUAGUGUGGAUCGAUUGUGAAAUGACUGGUUUGGAUCAUCUGAACGAUCACAUUAUAGAGAUAUGCUGCAUUAUCACUGACGGUGAUCUCAAUCAGGUCGAUGAGAAUGGGUAUGAAAGCGUUGUUCACUAUGGUAAAAAUGUGAUGGAUACUAUGAAUGAAUGGUGUAUCGAACAUCAUGGAUGCAGUGGUCUCACGCAGAAGGUGCUGAAUUCCAGCAAGACUCUCGAGCAGGUAGAACAAGAAUUGUUGGAUUACAUCAAGAGAUACAUUCCUGACGAGCGUAAAGGGAUUCUAGCUGGAAAUACUGUUCAUAUGGAUAGGUUAUUUAUGCUUCGUGAGUUUCCAAGGGUUAUUAAUCAUUUAUUUUACAGAAUAAUAGAUGUAAGUUCUAUCAUGGAGGUGUCUUUCAGGCAUAAUCCUGAGUUUGCAGAAGUGGUUCCAAAAAAGAAGGGUGCACACACUGCGAAGUCUGAUAUCAUGGAGAGUAUUGCCCAGCUUAAAUUCUAUCAAACACAUUACUUAAAGAAUGCAGCAGAGACUAGAGAGUUUGUGGAGGAAAAGAAGGCCGCAAUUGCUCAAGAGGCUGCCAACUCCGUUGAAGAACAAGACUCAUCCGCCACAGACAACUCUUCAGCAAAGAAGCGAAAAAUCGAGUAA